GCGAAAACGACUCGUCUUUUGCCUACGAAGGAGAUGACCAUGUCGACCAGCCGGUGAGCUACAGAGACUCUCGACGUGACCAAGACUACGCAGAAAAUGUUCGUCGAUCCUACAACCUAAGAGACAUCCAAGGACGCAUCGACUCUGUCUUGCAUAGAAGCAGCAACGCAGCCCCGACCAGAAUCCCGCUGAGAAGCGCGCCCGCCAAUCCAAAGAGACAAUCGCUUGGAGCUUACUUUGGUCAGAUCCCAGUCGCGCCCAUGUCGGGACGACCAAGUAAUGGCGUCCCUCGCCAGAACAUGCGCGAUGCCAUAGUCCAGCAAUGGGAUCCACCGCGUCGCACCAAUGGUCAAUCACGACCAGGUCACACCACUGGAGCUCCGCCAACACCACCCAUGAACGACAGCGAGGAGGAACAUGCCGAAAGACAAAGGACGUUGCGCGAGAAGAUCAUGCAACAAGUCGAAGACAACGGCAUUGAGCGCCCUCAAGGCUACACUGUGUCAUACCAUUACAACCGUCGCGUCGAGAACAUGCACUUUGGUCGCACACAUCCCAUGAAGCCAUGGCGUUUGACUCUGACCAAGCAUCUCGUCAUGGGUUACGGUCUUCAGUUCGCCAUGGACAACUAUGACGCUCUUCCUGCAAGCAAAGAGACCGUCGCUGCAUUUCACGAUGAAGACUAUGUCGAUUUCCUCUCAAGAGUGUCGCCUCAGACUUUCGAUGAGUUGUGCAAAGUAUACGAAGAUCGCAUCCCGCAAAGUGCAGAUUGUCCCGUCUUCGAUGGCAUGCAAGAAUACCUCUUCUUAUACACUGGUGCCACCAUGGAAGCUGUCUCGGCCUUGACGAAUCAUCAGUCUGACAUCGCAAUAAACUGGUCUGGCGGUCUUCAUCACGCACACAAGUCUGAAGCUUCAGGUUUCUGCUACAUCAAUGACAUUGUUCUUGCCAUUCUCGAACUGCUCAAAUGUCAUCAACGUGUCUUGUACAUCGACAUCGACGUUCAUCAUGGCGAUGGUGUCGAGGAAGCAUUUGCAAGCAGCGACAGAGUAAUGACACUGUCCUUUCACCGCUACGGUAUCAUAGACGAAGACUCAAGAGAGAAACAUCUGUUCUUCCCAGGCACUGGAGCGCUGAACAGCAAUGGCAACGAGAAGAGCAUCGGCAAUCACUUUGCCCUCAACGUGCCCAUUCCCAAGGGUAUCGACGACGAUCAGUUCCUCUACCUCUUCAAAUCUAUCACUGGUCGCACACUAGAGCACUUCCGCCCACAAGCUAUUGUUCUUCAAUGUGGCGCUGACUCACUCGGUGGUGACCGUCUUGGUCAGUUCAACCUCAACAUUCGCGCUCACGGUGAAUGUCUUGCGUUCGUCAAGAAGGCCGGUGUGCCUCUUCUCAUUCUCGGUGGAGGUGGCUAUACCGCCCGCAACGUCGCUCGCGCAUGGACUCACGAAACUGCUCUUGCCGUCGGUGCGACUCUCAAUGAAGAAUUGCCAAUGCACAUCGUACCACGCCCACAAGCAUUCAUCGGCAAGGAGCAUGGUGACGGCCGAUUAUACCCCGAACUCGCUGGCUUCCACAAGAACAAUGUCACGCAGAAAGAAUUGGACCUGUUAGUCGAGCACUGCCACGAAGAGUUGAGAUACAUCAAACACGCACCCAGUGUUGUCAUGGAAAGUCUUCCAGGCAGAGCACAGAUGGACGCCGCCAGAAGACAAGUAGACGACGAAAUGGAAGCCGACCGCGCUGCAGAAAGUGGCAGAGGCGAACGCGAAAGACGCAGACGUGAAAGAGGCACCGGUAUCCGUGGAGAAUUGAGAUAA